AUGGGGCACUCUGUUCACAAUGUUGCCAUCAGCAAACUGCCCGCCCACAAGACGCUUUGCACGCUGUCUGCCAUCUGCCCGUUCCAGGGUGGUCUGUGGUCACUGAACAUGCAUGUCUGCGACGGCCUGAUGACAAUGGACGUGAUGCUGUGUACGGCCUCCAUAUUCAACCUCUGCGCCAUCAGCAUCGACAGGUUCAUCGCUGUCUCCAUUCCACUCAACUACAACCUUAAGCAUGUUGAUCAGAGACAGAUCUUCCUGCUCUCCGCCACGUGGAUCCUGGCCUUGGCAGUGGCCUCACCCGUCAUGUUUGGCAUCCAAAACGUCCCGCAGCGGGACUCUACAGAGUGUAAACUGGAGGACGACAACUUCGUGGUCUACUCCUCUGUCUGCUCUUUCUUCAUCCCCUGUCCCAUCAUGCUCCUCCUCUACUGCGGCAUGUUCCGGGGAUUGAGGAGGUGGGAGGAGGCACGCAAGGCCAAGCUGAGGAGCAGCAUCCUGGUCUGUAGGAAGUUCCAGGACGCAACUGCCUCCGUGCCCCCGCUGGACUCCCUGCCUCCUCCUCUACCCCCCAUUAUCAAGAGGAAGGAGCUCACAGACAUGAAGCCAGAGCUAAAGGAUAUUAAUCUGGAAGAGCUGGACCCUUACCCUCUAGAGUCUCCAGACGGCCCCUAUAAUAACUCCUCACCAGACACACCAGACCGCCCUUAUAACAACUCGUUAACAACUACAGAGUACAAGGACGGCCCUGUGCCCACCGUGGUGGCCUACUCUAACAUUAGGUACAACCUCCACCCCCAAACCGACCCUCACCAGAAGAAGAGGGCCAAGAUUAAUUGCCGAGAGAGGAAGGCCAUGAAGGUGCUUCCUGUCGUUGUGGGUGCCUUCCUGUUCUGCUGGACCCCGUUCUUCGUGGUCCACACCAUGCGGGCCCUGUGUGCCACCUGUUACAUCCCCCCAUGGCUGAUGAGCAUCGUCACCUGGCUGGGCUACGUCAACAGCGCCCUCAACCCCAUCAUCUACACAGUUUUCAACACAGAGUUCAGGAACUACUUCAAUAAAUUCCUCCACAGCUGCUGUAUAUACCGAUAG